UGAUAGCUCUGCAAGUGAUUUACGACAGUGUUUUGCUAUGAUGCUUAAUAAUGAUAGUUUAGCAUCACCAGAGAAUGUUUGGGAACACACGUGGGAGUGUCUGUCGGAGGAUAUUGAAUAUAACCGGAGAAUAUAUUUCAAAAGACCAGGUUAUUCUUUACUGUGAAAAAUUAUAUAAAAUUUCUAUAAAUAUAUAUAUGUAGAGAUUAUUUAUGUCUUGAGGUGGCAGAGGUGUUUAACAGUUUAUGUUUCUUUUUCUAGGACUUGUGUUGAGUGAUGAGGAGAAGCAAAACUAUGCUUUACAAGAGAUUGAAAAGCUUUUGAGACACAACGGGGAUUCACUUGAGAGAUUUACUAAUAUGCCAAAGGUUCCAAAAUCAAGUAUUAACGAUUCAAAUGUUCUUAUACUGGAUGAGCGUAGCUAUUCGCGCGAAGUGUUGUUGGAAACCCUUGAGAGAGAUGUUCCAAAGAUGACAGAAGAACAAAGGAGAAUAUUUGAUGAGAUUCUUGAUGCUGUGACUAAAGGAACAGGAGGGACUUUUUUUGUUUAUGGAUUUGGUGGGACUGGUAAAACUUUCCUUUGGAAAUUACUAUCAGCAGCUAUUAGAUCUAAAGGCGAUAUUGUUCUUAAUGUUGCAUCGAGUGGAAUUGCUUCGUUGUUGUUACCUGGUGGUAGGACAGCUCAUUCUAGAUUUGGGAUACCUCUUAAUCCUGAUGAGUUUUCAUCAUGUGCGCUUGCUCAUGGAACAGAUCAAGCUAAUUUAGUAAAAGAAGCAUCGCUCAUUAUAUGGGAUGAAGCACCUAUGAUGAACAAGCAUUGUUUUGAAGCAUUGGAUAGAAGUCUGACUGAUAUUGUUGGGAAACACAGAAACAAACCUUUUGGUGGAAAAGUUGUUGUUUUUGGAGGUGAUUUUAGACAGGUUCUACCAGUAAUAAAUGGAGGUGGUAGGGCAGACAUUGUUUUGGCAACAUUGAAUUCUUCUUAUCUAUGGGAGCACUGUAAAGUUCUAAAACUCACAAAGAACAUGCGGUUGCUAUCUGGUUGUUUGACAACUGAAGAGGCAAAUGAUCUUAAGGACUUCUCAGAUUGGAUAUUAAAAGUGGGUGAAGGCAAACUCGCAGAGCCUAAUGAUGGCGAAGCUGAGAUCGAAAUCCCUCAAGAGUUUUUGAUUACCAACUCUGAAGAUCCUAUAGACGCUAUCAGCAAAGCCGUGUAUGGUGAUUAUUUAUCCUUACAAGAAAACAAAGAUCCAAGAUUCUUCCAAGAAAGAGCUAUUCUAUGUCCUACCAAUGAAGAUGUUAAUAUGGUCAAUGAUUACAUGUUGGAUAAGCUUGAUGGUAAUUUUAUAAAUAUUGCUAUCGAUUUAUUAGCUGACUUAUAUUCAUAUUUGUGUACUAAUCAAGUGUUUUGUAAUUUUGCAGGAGAAGAAAAGAUAUAUACCAGCGCAGAUAGUAUUGAUCCAAUUGACAAAAUUUCAUUCAAUGAUGAAGCUCUGGGUCCUGAUUUUCUCAACAAAAUAAAGGUUUCUGGUUUGCCAAACCAUAGUCUUAGGCUCAAGGUCGGAUGUCCUGUUAUGGUUUUAAGAAACAUAAAUCCUGCAGCUGGGUUAAUGAAUGGAACAAGACUACAGAUCACUCAACUUAUGGAUUUUAUGGUUAAAGCUAAGAUCAUUACUGGAGAGAAGGUCGGAAAUACAGUAUAUAUUCCUAGAUUGUUGAUCACUCCAUCAGACACAAGAUUGCCUUUUAAAAUGCGUAGAAGGCAAUUACCUUUGGCUGUGGCUUUCGCAAUAACUAUUAACAAAAGUCAAGGGCAAUCACUAUCUGAAAUUGGUUUAUUUCUACGAAGACCUGUGUUUUCACAUGGACAGCUAUACGUGGCUGUUUCAAGGGUCACAUCAAAGAAAGGACUGAAAAUUUUGAUUGUCGACAAAGAUGGUAAAGCUAAACAGAAAACUACUAAUGUUGUUUUCAAAGAGGUUUUUAAUAACCUUGAAGAGUCUGAGUGAUAAGGUAUUCUCGCAUUCUGAUUAUGUUUAAGUUUUUCUGCUGUUGUAGAUAUUUUAAAAAUUUAACCCUCGCAACUGUUUUUGAGGCAUGCAGGUUCAGAUGAUGCAUUGAGAAUCGUUGGGAUGUAAGGGUAUCUCUUACUUGUGCACAACCAGAAAGUGAUUUUUAUAUUUAUAUUGUUUAUGUUCCUUUCAUGAUUCAGACAAGCAUGAUUGUUUUCUCUAAGCAAAUUUGUUUAGUGUGUUUCUGAAGAUGGUUGUUUUAGUUUGACAAAUUAGAGUUUUUCUUUAACUGUUAUACUUAGUGUUUUUCUUUAAUUUAGAUAUUUAUGAACGUCUUUGUUAUUUAUAACACAUUCAUUCACAAGAACCCAGAUAUGCAUCGUUAUUCAAUCAAUCCUAAAGCCAUAUAAUACUAUCUAAGGCAAUGGUUCAAUCUUCUUUCUAAAUCUACAUUGCUUUCAUCUAAGUUAAGAUCAUAGUUACUAACCGUGAGUUGUUGUCUGGAUUCACUUGCUGAACGUGGGAGAGAAACUUCUUUCUUCAUAGCUUCUGAUCGUUCUUUCACCAACAUCUGUUCAUAAAAAAAAAAAAAACAAUCGCUCAGCACACUAGAAAAGUACACAAAAUUAAUAACUGCCCCUCCUUACUUCUUUUCAACUUACUUGGGCUCUGAUCACGAAAAUCACUUUCUUCCUUCUCCACUGCCUUGCCAAAGAAAAGGUUCUCUGUAGAAGCAACCUCACCAGACUCCUUUGAUAGAACUUCCCGAUCUAUUAACUCCAUUAUAGGUCCAAUAAACUUCUUCUAUGUUUGAGGGAAUUAUACAUAAGCUGUUAUGCAAAUUCCAAUAAAUAUACACACUUACAAACCAAAUAAAUAAUUAACAAAAAUGAGAAACACCUUUAUAUUGCUCAUGAAUGAACAAUGGCAGAUUCUUCAAGGCCCGCCAAGAGGUCAAUUUGCAAACAUUGAAAUGAAAUUUGACAAGAAACAUCAUCACCAAAUUAAUAUACAGUUACCAAAUUCUCUAAUUAAUUGAAUAAUUAACAAAAAAUACUUACCAUGUACACUCCGAUAAUCUCAAAUCCUCUUCCAUCUUCUCUGUUCGUAUUCUCCUAUGAAGCCCGUGUGUUAAGACAUGAAUUUUUAUAAACUACUCUUCUAUGAAAUGUUUCUUAGCUUGACGCCUGCUCCCGUUCUACAUGAUGUAGAUCGCCAACAAUCAAUCUGUAGAGCAAAAUUUAUCAAAACCUAAAGAACCUCUAAAACAGAAGCUUUAUAGAAAUAAAACAAAACCUUAAGAUUCGCAAAAGGAAAAGCUUUAAUAGUGAUUAGGGGUGGUUACCGUUUUUCUCUUACGAUCUGCACUCAUAUUCUUAGGUUUGAUUUGGAAUCAGAAGAACAUG